AUGGUAUCACUUGGUGGCGAAGUUUGCGCGUUCCCGCCAGGCUCGAUGGUGCAAUUCAAGACGAUUCACGAUGUGCAAAUCGAAGGCAAAGUGAUUUGCUUCGAUCCGAGCCUUAAAGUGCUCGUGAUUCGCAGCAUUGACGACACAUCGAAGAAGCCGAUAAUGCGUCUUUAUAAUCUCUCAAUGAUAUCGGAGAUUAAGGAGACUGAGGGUCCGACCGGCGUUGAAUCCAUUGAGAAUAUGCUUGCCAAUUGCAGUCUAAAUGUGAAAAAGACAAAUGAGCGAAUCGGGACGAUGCUUGCGGCGCGAAGUCAGGAAAUCAUGCCGUCGGACAACGUCGAUUUGAACGGCCAACGAGCGUUCCUUCAAAUUAAGCGCACGAUCGCCGACACACGCUGGGAAGGUCCCAAUAUUCGUGUCGUCGGUCUUGUGAUUGUGAGAAGCCCGUAUACGGGCGAGAGUGCCGAAAUUAUCAAAGCGGAGAUUCACAACGACGCCGAUCAGACGAAGGCGAAAACCGCGCUGAAUCAGGUGAAGAAGAUAUUGUCGAAGCCGUUCAAUGUUGACGAUCGCCUUCGGUCGGAGUUCACCGCUUCAUUGGACGCCUAA